AUGCAAGAAACGAAAGAACAGACGACGAUUCAAACGACGGGGGGGAAGAAAAAAGGCGCGCUGUCGUCCGCGCUCACCCAGUCUUUGAUAAACUCUGAUGCUUCCUCUUUGGCCCCGAUUUGUACCACAACGGGUGGGUUUGGGAACGAUAUCACUACGACUACUCUUGAUGAUUCAGACGACAUGCAAAAGCGAAUAGGCAUCCCCAUUCACAAGCGAACGAACAAUUACGGCGACUCUUCGCGAGGCAGACACGGGCGGGAAUAUUUCGACGACGAGGAAUUACACGGGAAAAGCAUAGGGAGGCAACACGGGAGUUAUAACUACAUCGAAAAGUUCGCGGACGUGAACGAUAUCGAAGCGAUGGGAUCGCCGACGAGUAAAAUGAUGAUGAAUGGGAGUAGCAACAACAGAGAUCAUAACAGCUAUUUAUUAAGACGACAGAAUAGCGCUGGUGGUGGGGGUGGGGGGGGUGGGGAGAGCACUUCGGUAGGCGCUCGAACGAUACCGCAAGUUCACAUGUACGCGGAGUCGAACGCGAUUCCUAUUUCGCGGUCGUUUGAGAAUUUAGAAGUUGGGCCGAUGGGGUUGUGCGGGUCGCCGUCGGCAAAUGCUGGCGGGCAACCGAGUUCGCCGGUUAUUGUAGUGCACACGAAAGAGAUGGACGAGGACGCCGGGAACGUCGGGAUGGCGGGAGGACGAAAUCGAUCGAGAAGUUUCUCGUCUUUACUGUUGUUGGAGGCGCAAGAGAUUCGGGCGGGAAACAGUCCGAGACAUAGUCGCUUGAGCGGAGCUGAAUGA